AUGAGAAUCAUAACAGGCACCGUGAGAUCAACCCAACUAGAUUGGUUGCCGGUCGUGUCUAAUAUAGCCCCUCCAGACCUACGCAGGCAAGUCCAGACUGAGUCAAUGAUACUGAAACUGAGCAACUAUCCAGACUUACCUGUACAAAUAGAUAUAGCAAACCACCCACCCAAGAGACUUAGUUCCAGAAAACCUAUAUGGAGCAUGGCACGGUCAAAUAAAUCAAUAGAGGAGAUGUGGGCAAACAAAUGGACAAACACUAACGUCCGAAACCAUUUCCUAGUUAGCGUUCCUGAUAGCAGAGUACCUGGGUUCGAGCUCAGCCGAGCACAAUGGAGGGCCCUAAACCGAAUAAGAACUGGGCAAGGUAGGUGUAACUAUCAAUUACACAAAUGGGGCAUGACUGAUUCCCCGUUGUGCGAGUGCGGUCUAAUACAGACUACAAGCCAUAUUGUUGAGGAAUGUCAAAGAAGAAGAUUUGAAGGAGGGAUAGCAACUCUACACAUCUGCGGACCAAUGGCGAUCAAAUGGCUAGAGGAACUUGAUAUUCGACUCUAA